AUGGGAGAGGAAGACAGAGUGAUUCUCCAUGGAAUGUGGGCUAGCACUUAUGUGAAAAGAGUGGAAUUGGCUCUGAAAAUCAAAGGCAUACCCUUUGAGUAUGUGGAGGAAGAUUUGAGCAACAAGAGUGCUUUGCUCCUAAAAUACAAUCCAGUUCAAAAGAAAGUUCCUGUUCUUGUCCACAAUGGAAAACCAAUAUGUGAAUCCCUUGUUAUUCUUGAAUAUAUUGAUGAAACUUGGCCAAGUCAUGGACUUCAACUCUUGCCUAAGGAUCCAUAUGAAAGAGCCAGAGUUCGUUUCUGGGCUGCUUAUAUCCAACAGCUGCUGGAGAGCAUGGCGAAACUAUUCAAUCCUGAUCACAAGGAAGCACAAGAGAAAGCCCUUGAAGAAAUGUACGAGAAACAAAGGAUAUUGGAAGAGGGAAUGAGAGAAUUCUUUCCAGAGGAAAGUCCUAAUGUUCACCCUGAAAAGUUGGGCAUUCUAGAUAUCAUGAUUGUUUCAACACUUGGAGCCUUCAGGGCACAAGAGGAGGUUCUUGGCGUAAAGACUCUUGACCCUGAAAAGAAUCCACUCUUAUUCUCAUGGGUGGAAGCUCUGAUUCAGCUGCCUGUGGUGAAGGAAAUUAUCCCACCUUUUGAGAAGUUGGUUUCUCUUCUUCAGUUUAUCAAACAAAAUGGCAUCAGAUUCUGAUCCAGUUGAGUGCUUUGACGCUUGGAGUUAAUGGUUACUUGCUCUUGCUGUAGUACAAUGAAAAUGUCAGCAAUUUUAAGUUUGUACUUCACUUGGUUUUGUAUGUUAACUGGGGUUGUAAUUGCCUUUUGCUUGCUAUAAAUAAGGCUUAUAAGUCAUGUACAAUCCAGAAAGUCCUUAAUAAACACUUUUAAUUA